CGGGAAAGUGGCCGAGCCUCGUUUGGCAGCGGCGGUUAGGCGGGAAGCGCGAGGGUCCAGAGCGAGCGGCGCCGUUGGUGCCACAUGGUCAAUUAUCCUUUCAUGGGAACUGGAAGAACUCAGUGAUGUAACAGCUUUCAAUAGAAGCUCCAUAACCAUUACCAGAAGUGAGGAUUAGAACUGGAUGCUAUACAGUAACCGAUAGCAAGUCAACUCAGCUCUAAUGAUUGUGGUUUUGUUUUCCCCAUGGUCAGCAUCCAUUAUUUGUGAACCUUUGAUUUAACAGCUGUAAAACAUGAUUUCAACGUCUCACAAGCACAGGAAUUUUGUUUCCGAACCAAUGGGGAAUAAGUCAGUUUCUUCCCUGGCUGGUAUUGGAAAAACACUUGGAAGAAAACUGGAAGAGCAAGGCUUUGAUAAGGCAUACAUAUUAUUAGGCCAAUUCCUUGUUUUGAAAAAGGAUGAUGAAUUGUUUAAAGAUUGGUUGAAAGACAUCUGUGGGGCCAACACCAAACAAGCUGGACAGUGUGCCAUCUGUUUACAAGAAUGGUGUAAUGCCUUCCUGUAACUAACAUUUUUAAUCGAAAGCAUCCAGCUUAAUCAGUCUGUCUUAAAUAAGUGUUGCAGACUAACAUACAUUUUCCCAUACUUGCCUAAACACGUGAAGCUUAUCUUAAAUGUAUGCAAAUUUCACAACUUAAAAUCCAGUUGAAAAUAAUUGUUUUAUAGUCUAAUCGAUUUUACUUGUAAUAAUCCUCUG